AUGGAAAAAAAUAACAACUUCCAGACCGGCUUACGAGUUCUUGCUGUUGAUGACAACAUUGUUUGUCUGAAGUUGCUUGUCGUUGGCCUCCAACAAUGUGGUUAUGAAGUUACUGCGAAAACCGGUGCGCUUGAAGCUCUUUCAAUACUGAAGGAGAAUAAAGAUAACUUCGACAUUGUAGUGACGGAUGUUAUAAUGCCUGAUGUUGAUGGUUUUAAGCUGUUAGAGCUUAUACGUCUCGAGACCGACAUUCCUGUCAUAAUGAUUUCUAAGAAUAGCGACCCGCAAACUGUGGUGAAGGGUGUAAAACAUGGAGCACAAGACUAUCUGGCAAAGCCUGUUAAAAUAGAGGAUUUGAGGAAACUUUGGGAGUAUGUAACUAAGAAACCUGAAUAUGAUCAUCCACCAUCGAGCAUUGAAACUCGGGAAACAGUUGUACAAUCGUUUCCUACUGAAGAUUAUAAGGAGAGAAACAUGGAGAAAGAGGAUGAAAUGUCUCGAUCCGACCAAAUAGCUUCUUCUCGAAAGAAACAUACGAAAAAGAGGAUUGCAUGGACUAGACAAUUGCAUGGAAAAUUUCUCGAUGCGAUUCAGCAAUUGCAAGUAGAUCUUCACAGCAAAAUAAUUCCAACCAAGAUACUCGAGAUUAUGGACGAACCAGGUUUAACUCGGGAGAAUGUAGGGAGUCAUCUCCAGAAGUACAGAAAAAUAUUGGCGAAGCAAAGAAAAACAUUGGGACAGGACAUCGUUGAUACGAAUAGAACAAUACAACAUUUGUCUGAUGCUGAUUUCACUGCAUCAACUAGUAAAUCCGGUCGACCUACUAUUACUCGUUCUAACAGCGGAGGAGGGUACGGAAUCAGUAAUGUUGAACAAAUGAAUCCUAUCAGUAGAUAUUUUGUGAAUACCGGGAUAUCAGAUUCCUUUUCUGCAAAUCCAAAACCUUUGAAUAAUGAACUUCAGUUCCAACAAAAUCUUUUACAUUCUCAAGUGAUGAAUCAAAUGCAGCCAGCCAUGCCUUGUCCGUUUCUCGGAAAUGAUUACAUGGCCAAUUCGACUCAGAUUCCUUGCUUUAUGCCUGGAUAUCAAUAUUUCAACUCUGGCUUUUCUCCUUCGACUUCUGGAAAUCUUGGUCAGUACUAUAGCCUCCCUGUCGUGGAAAUUGUGCCGUAUACGCAAUCUCCUAGUGCCUUCAACCAUAUUUACUCUCCUUAUCAAAUAUCCAGAGGUUUUUCGAAUCAAGUUCUGAAUUCUCAACCUGAUUUGUUGCUCGAGCAGGUCGAAUGUCCAUUGCCAGGGCACUUUGAUGCAGCAAAUAUGACUAGUUUUGGUGGCAAAGCAAACAGUGAAAUGAAUGAAUGUCUAGGAAAUAUGCAGAUCUUCUCGAAUGAGCUUAUUGAGGAGAAUUUCAGCAGCGAUAAUCAGCACGAUUUCAUUAAUCAGGAUGAUGACUUAAGCGUCAUACUAAAUGAGGUUUGA